GGCGCUGUUGUACCGGGCCGUGCUACCCUGGCCGACCGGGUUCAAGUCUCGGUUCUAGUAGUGAGAGUAUUCAGAGAAAAUCACCCCGAGACGGACUUGGUCACAUUUUCCCAGGAUCAAUGAGUGUCGCCCCGCAAACCGACUCCCUCCGUUCCGGUACCCUUUUCUCAUGGACCGAUACCGUCUAGGAUGAGGGACUAGUCACGAGGAUAACACGGAGGAUCUGGAGCUGGGCAGCCGACCGCUGAACUGCGAGUGGAAUCACAGCUGCUGGCUGCGAAGAUGUCGGGGAAAAUAGAGAGCAAGCAAGACUCCCAGCGGUCCCACCUCUCCUCCUUCACCAUGAAGCUGAUGGACAAGUUCCACUCUCCCAAAAUCAAGAGGACCCCGUCCAAGAAGGGCAAGCUGCUGCAGCCCGAGCCAGCGGUCAAGAGUGCAGAGAAACCUGUCAACAAGAAGGUGAGCCGACUGGAGGAGCAGGAGAAGGACGUGGUGAGUGCCCUGCGCUACUUCAAGACCAUCGUGGACAAGAUGGUGGUGGAGAAGAAGGUGCUGGAGAUGCUUCCCGGGUCGGCCAGCAAGGUCCUGGAGGCCAUCCUGCCUCUGGUGCAGGCGGAGGCUCGGACUCAGCACAGUUCGGCGCUGUCCUCGUGUCACAACCGAGUGUACCAGAGUCUGGCCAACCUCAUACGCUGGUCCGACCAGGUGAUGCUGGACGGCAUCGACCUGGAGGACAAGGAGAACGUGGUGGCCGUCACCACCGUCAUCAAGGCGGUGCUGGACGGAGUCAAGGAGCUGGUCAAACUGACCAUCGAGAAACAGGAGCAGCCCUCGCCCACCACCCCCAAUAAACCAGUCCCCCCCGCCCCCACGGCAGAGAGCAGCGCGUCAUCCGAGGUGUCCCUGACGGACCAGGAGCCUGAGGUCACCAUCCCGUCCCCCGCCCAGGAGACGCCUUCAGAGGCUGCGUCUGACGCACCCGACGACGACGUGGCCCCGCCCAAACCCCCCCUCCCUGAGGCCAAGAUGGCAGAGCUGAGAGCUCAGCUGAGUGCUGACGCUGGCCAGAGGAGGUCCACACAGAAGGAGAAUCCCCCGCCGGCCCUGCCUCCUAAGAAGCGUCAGUCGGCCCCGUCGCCCACCAGGGUGGCGGUGGUGGCUCCCAUGAGCCGCGGCUCCAGCCUUCCCUGUAGUGUACACAGACAGCCGCACGACUACGAGCAGGAGUUCCUCCAGAGGCGCUUCUCGGGGGGCAGCCAGUCGUACGGUGGCGAGUCCCCGCGCCUCUCGCCCUGCAGCAGCAUGGGCAAGCUCAGCAAGUCGGAGGAGCAGCUGUCCUCCCUGGAGCAGGACAGCGGGCAGUGCUCCCGCAACACCAGCUGUGAGACGCUCGGUAGGACACGCCCCCAGGACGAUGAGUGGACCGGCUGGUCCCUGAGUACAUUCAAAAACAACACGGAGACCUACGACCCGGACUACGACUUCCUCCACCAGGACCUGUCGGCCGGGGACCCCCUGCCCCAGGCCCCGGCCGGCGGCUGCCUCAGCCCCCUCCCCGAGUCCCACAACGAGUCCUCCUCCUCCUCCCCCGUCCCGGGACAGCACCCCACGCACCCCCGCUUCAGUGCCCCGCCCCCGCAGCACACGCCCGAGUACUGGACCCCGCAGCCCACCAAGAACAACCCCCUGGCCCGCGUCAGCGCGCCGCCCGCCCUGCCCCAGAAAAAGCGGCGCAGCGCCCAGGCCUCGCCCUACCCCGACGGGAUGGGGGCGCGGCUGCUGUACGAACGCUACCCCUCGCAGUACGACAACCUGUCGGAGGAGGAGCUGAACCCCACGCCGCCCUUCCCGCUCUUCUCGCCCAUCUCGCCCAUGCCCCAGAGCAACGGAGGGGCCUUCGUGGCGCAGUACCUGGCCAGCGAGCACGGCGACCGGCCCUCCAGCCCCCCGCCGCUGCCCGAGAAGAAGAGCAAACACAUCCUCCAGUACAUGCAGUUUGUGGAGGACUACUCGGAGCCGCAGCCCUCCGUCUUCUACAAGAUGCCGCAGAGCGAGAGCAUCUACGAGCAGCGCAACAAGCGCUUCCAGGAGGUGUGCGGCUUCAACGACUCGUUCAGCAGCACCGACUCGGUGCACGAGCCCGUGCUGCCCCCCGCCCUGCCCCCCAAGCAGAGGCAGCUGGCUUCCCACUCUUCCUCUCCUUCCUCCUCUUCUUCCUCCUCCCUCUCCUGCCACCUCCAGCCGUCGCUGGUGGCCAUGGAGGAGGCGGGCACUGGGCUGGGUCUCAGCAUGUCUGUCUCUAACUCCUACCUGAUUGGCCAGGCUGCCUUGACCACACCAACGAGUUUGGACCGGGUGGCCUUGACCAAUGCCACCGUUCUGGAUGGCAGCGGGGGCGGGCCCAACGGUUCACUGGCCGGCUCAUUGGGCUCUGUGGCUGUCUGUCUUCCUUCCGAGUCCUCUCUCACUGACUCUCUCCACACCUCAGCGAGCGAGGGCGGGUGUGACGAGGGCGGGGAGGGGGAUUACGUCAGCCUGUACUCCUCCAGCCAGGCCAAUGGGGAGCUCCCGCUCUCCCUCAGAGAGCCAAUCCAAGCCGACGAUGUGCUGACAGAUCCCGCCCCUGAGAUGUCCUCCUCCAAUAGCAAAGAGGCCAUCGAAAAAGAAAGGCGGCUGAAGUCCACGUCGUCAGCAGGCAGUGAUGAUGAGGAGGUGGAUGAGCUGUCCCUCAUCGACCACAAGGAGAUCAUGAGCAGGAUAACACUAAAGCAGGAGAGUGACGACGGCCCUGAUGUCCGCGCUGGGUCUGGGGACAUCCUGCUAGUCCACGCCACGGAGACGGACCGCAAAGAUCUGGUGUUGUACUGUGAGGCCUUCCUGACCACAUACAGGACCUUCAUCAGCCCAGAGGACCUCAUCAAGAAGCUACACUACAGAUAUACCAAUUUCUGCCACAGUCCGGACACUUUCAAGAAGAGGGUCAGCAAGAACACCUUCUUCGUCCUGGUGCGGGUGGUGGACGAGCUGUGCCUGGUGGAGCUGACGGAGGAUAUCCUGAAGCAGCUAAUGGAGCUGGUGUUCCGGCUGGUGUGUAACGGCGAGCUCAGCCUGGCCCGCGUGCUCCGCAAGAACAUCCUGGACAAGGUGGAGCAGAAGAAGCAGCUGCGCUACACCAACUCCCUCAAGCCCCUGGCUGCCCGCGGCGUCUCUGCCAGGCCAGGAACUCUCCAUGACUUCCGCAGUCAUGAGAUCGCAGAUCAACUCACUCUCCUAGAUGCAGAACUCUUCUACAAGAUUGAGAUUCCUGAGGUGCUGCUCUGGGCCAAGGAGCAGAAUGAGGAGAAGAGUCCCAACCUCACCCAGUUCACCGAGCACUUUAACAACAUGAGCUACUGGGUGCGCUCGUUGAUCAUUCAGCAGGAGAAAGCCCAGGACCGCGAAAAGUUGCUUCUCAAGUUCAUCAAAAUAAUGAAGCACUUACGAAAGUUAAACAACUUCAACUCCUACCUGGCCAUCCUCUCAGCACUGGACUCGGCUCCUAUCCGCAGACUGGAAUGGCAGAAACAGACCUCAGAGGGAUUGGAGGAAUACUGCACGUUGAUCGACAGCUCCUCCUCGUUCAGGGCCUACAGGGCUGCCCUGGCUGAGGUGGAGCCUCCUUGUAUCCCGUACCUGGGACUCAUUCUCCAGGACCUGACCUUUGUCCACCUGGGCAACCCUGACCUCAUCGACGGCAAGGUGAACUUCUCCAAACGCUGGCAGCAGUUCAACAUCCUGGACAGCAUGCGGCGCUUCCAGCAAGUGCAUUAUGAGCUGAAGCGGAACGACGACAUUGUGUGCUUCUUCAACGACUUCAGCGACCACCUGGCGGAGGAGGCGCUCUGGGAGCUCUCGCUGAAGAUCAAGCCCAGGAACAUCACCCGGCGCCGGACGGAGCGCGAGGAGAAGACCUAAGACUCUGCCCCCUGCUGGGCCUUUGACCUCCAACUGUGCUUCAUGAUAACACUAACUCCACUUUACUACACACACACACACACACGCAGAGAGACAGAGCCAACGGGAGACUCAGAAUGGGGACUUAGGAACAAAAGCCUCAGACUUAAGAUAUGAGUCCAGCCAAGGUUUCUACCCCGUGGAUCUAUUUCUUUGGGAGAUUAUAUUAUGGGAUACUGUGGGAGCAGUUCUGUGACCCGGACGCUGCGUGCCAAGAGAGGCAGAAGACUGAAUGACUCAGAGCAGACAGGGAGACCUUAUGGAACUAUAGCUCUUCUCCUCUCCCUGUCCUCUGUGUACUAAAGACACGGGACUUGCAAUGUAUGCCAGAUUGAGGUGAAUGGUCCAUAAAUUCCCCCCCACCCUCUCCAAGUGUUCCUUUUUCCAUGCCCUUAUGUAUGUGCCAUUUGUUGGUCAUCUUUGACACUUCCCGCCAAGAAGCUUAAGUUUGGCUAACCAAGUAUAUUCUUCCCAGUGUUUGAGGGCAGCCGGCCAUGAAUUGUGACGCCAGAACGAAGACUACAUUACGAAACGAGAUCACAUAAGGGACUGGAACCUAUGAUAUAUACGUUUGUUAAGAAAACAUUGUGUGUCAGAAUCAUGUAUGGUUAUAUGUAUUAUAUACAGUGCUCCUUUUGUUCUUAAAAAGGAUGUUUAUGCUUGUGAGAAGAGCUUCGCUUCUCCCAAGUGCCGUUUAUAUGCGCACUUACAAAAAAGCAAGUUAAAAAAACUCAUAAUUACUAAAGAUGCUGUGAUCUAUGUACGUCAUACUGAAUCAUCUUGUGCCAUUUUUCGACUAGUCAAAAACCACCAGGCAAUCAAGGAAAUCAUUUAGUGGUCAGGGGUCGAUUGAGAGGCUGCGCGUGACUGAAGUCCUCAUGACUCGUGUGUUGGUCCUUCCAUCGUAUGCUGUUGUAGAUCCACUUGGAUCGCCCCUUUGGGAUCAAGGUCCACCAACACAUCACAUUGUCCUCUAUUCAAUAAACAAACAGCUCAGUUUCUAUACAUAUUG